CUCGUACACAUUUAUUCAUGCGUCCACGUCUUCUCUCUCAAAAUCCAAUGCUUUUCUUAAUGGAUUAUACGCAAUAAAAUAACAGUAUCUGACUGUCUGAGCUGUGUUUCCAUGCUUUUACUGUUGGUUUUCUUUGUGGGCUUUCAUGAAAGUCAACCUUUGAUCCACAUACAAAUUUCGGCCUCUGUUUCCGAAGAUUCAAUUGAGAUCUGUUUGUUCGAAGAAGAAAUGGGAUACUCAGAACAUGUUGUUCCAGUAAAACUCAGGUCUUCGUAAGCUUUCCGUUUUAGUUUACGUAUGUGACCAAACAGGCUACAAGCAUGGAGUUUAAGAAAGUGAGGUUUUACAAUGAUGAAAAACAAAAUCCGAAAUUUCCCUGGGAGAGAAACGACACCCAGAAACACGUAGAAAAGCCUUUGCCGGCAUACAAGGUAGCCGCGCCUUUGUUGAAACCAGAAGGCGGUGGUAUUGGUGAUGGAAAACAGAGUACUAGUAAAACUUCCAAGUUUGGGAGAUUGAAGGCUUUCCCAGAGAAUCAUAAGCUAUGGCAGAAGGGAAUUCUUGAUCCUGGAAGUGACAUUUUCCUUCAGUGGAACAGGAUUUUCAUGUUCUUUUGCUUGGUCGCACUCUUUGUUGAUCCACUUUUUUUCUACCUUCCGGAGGUGUUAAACAUCAGUGAUGGUUCCUCGUGUAUGACAACUGAUUUGAAUCUGGGAAUCGUGAUAACAUGUUUUCGGACAAUUGCCGAUAUGUUUUAUAUGUUGAAUAUGGUCAUAAAGUUCCGUACAGCUUAUGUGUCGCCAAGUUCAAGAGUUUUUGGGAGGGGUGAGCUUGUCAUGGAUCCGAAGAUGAUUACAAGGAGGUAUUUAAGAUCAGAAUUCUUCAUAGAUCUCAUGGCUGCACUGCCCCUUCCUCAGAUGGUGAUAUGGUUUAUUCUCCCAGCAAUUAAACGCUCACAGGCUGAUCAUACUGACAAUGCCCUUGUACUGAUAGUUCUCCUCCAAUAUUUUCCCCGACUAUAUCUCAUUUUCCCACUAAGUUCUCAGAUUAUCAAAGCCACUGGUGUAGUCACACAAACAGCUUGGGCUGGGGCUGCAUAUAAUCUCCUACUAUACAUGUUAGCUAGUCAUGUCUUAGGGGCCUCAUGGUAUCUGUUGUCCAUUGAACGACAUGCGACAUGCUUGAGAUCGGAAUGCAGAAAUGAAACUAGCCCUGUAAAAUGUGUCCUUACUUACUUGGGUUGUGAUACUGUGAACAAAAGCGAUCGUGUGGAAUGGGCAAACACUACUAUUGUGUUUAAUAACUGCAAUCCAGAUAACACUAUCAGCUUCAAUUAUGGCAUAUUUCAAAAUGCAGUGACAAAUAAUGUUGUCUCCUCUGAAUUUAUAGAGAAGUAUCUCUAUUGUCUAUGGUUUGGUUUACAGAACUUGAGUAGCUACGGCCAGAAUUUAACCACAAGCACGUUUAUUGGGGAAACUUCUUUUGCCAUCCUCAUUUCUAUAUUGGGUCUAGUUUUGUUUGCCCAUUUGAUUGGAAACAUGCAGACCUAUCUGCAAUCUCUCACUGUGAGACUAGAGGAGUGGAGGCUCAAGCGACGAGACACUGAGGAGUGGAUGAAACAUCGCCAACUUCCUCAAGAUCUUCGAGAACGUGUCCGACGAUUUGUUCAGUACAAGUGGCUUGCAACUCGAGGUGUUGCCGAAGAGUCAAUCUUAAGAGCUUUACCUACAGAUCUCCGUAGAGAUAUCCAACGCCACCUAUGCUUGGACCUUCUUCUACGUGUACCCUUUUUCUCACAGAUGGACAGUCAGCUACUUGAUGCCAUUUGUGAGCGGUUGGUGUCAUCCUUAAGCACUCAGGGCACCUACAUUGUUCGUGAAGGAGACCCCGUGACAGAAAUGCUUUUUAUCAUCCGAGGGAGGUUAGAGAGCUCAACUACAAAUGGAGGCCGGACAGGUUUCUUCAAUUCAAUUACUUUGAGCCCUGGUGAUUUUUGUGGGGAAGAGCUGCUUGCAUGGGCCUUGCUUCCAAAAUCUUCUCUUAACUUGCCUUCAUCUACAAGAACAGUUAAGGCCCUUGUUGAAGUGGAAGCCUUUGCACUGCGAGCAGAAGAUCUCAAAUUUGUUGCCAAUCAGUUUAGACGUCUCCAUAGUAAAAAGCUACAGCACACUUUCCGCUUUUACUCUUACCAUUGGAGGACAUGGGCUGCCUGCUUCAUUCAGGUUGCUUGGCGUCGAUACAAGAAGAGGACUCUGGCAAAGAACCUUGGCAUGAGAGAGUCAUUCUCAUAUAGUGUUGAUGGGCAUGUAGCUGAUGAAACUGAACAAGAUGAGGAGGAGCAUCCUGCUGCAUCUUCAUACGCGGCCUCGCAAGCAAAACAGAACUUGGGUGUCACAAUGCUGGCUUCAAGGUUUGCUGCAAACACAAGGAGAGGAGCUCAGAAAGUCAAGGAUGUUCAAUUGCCUAAAUUGCAGAAGCCUGAAGAACCAGACUUCUCAAUGGAGCCAGAAGAUGAAUAGUUCUUCAACUCUUCCAAAAUUACAUCAUAUGUCAUUUCCAAUGGUGAAAAAGGAUACCAAAAAUUCAAAAACAUCAUUAGCUGUUUCAAAAAUGUAUGAUACCAUUAGCCUGUACUUAUGUUCAGCAUGUCUUGUUGAAAGUAGGAUCUUCCCUUAGUUUAGCUCAAUUUACAGCCAAAGGCAUCUAUUUGUGGUGUAAAACUUGCAUUGAGUUGUUGGCUGAAUAUUGA